AUGGAAUUUAAUUACUGUCAGCCUUACCAGAGGGAACUCGACGGCCGCGUCAUCCUCCCCAUUACCUUCCUCGAGAAGAUUGGGACCUGGCACCGUGGGGACCCCGUAAAGGUUUGGAAAGUGUGGAUUGACGGCAGGUGCUCCGACAGGACCAACGCUACCCGCACGGCGAGGCACGCCGCAACGCGACCCAUCACGCCGCCCGCUGACGGCUUCCACGCAGUCUUCAAAGUGUUUUCUGCCGACCACGACGCCAUCGAAGAGUUCAACGCCGAAUCAAAGGCGUACAGAAGUUUGCCCAAUGAAAAAGAAACUCCAAGUCGAAACUACAUCCUCGACUACUACGGGUCGUUUGUGCAAAACUCGACUCUCUCUGGGAUGCAUCAAGAUAUCCAGCCUUGCAACAUCUUGGUCUUCUCCGGCUCCGGAUCGAGCGGUAAUCGAUUCGAUCUUCAUUUCAAAAUCGGCGAUUUCGGCGCGGCGCAGAUCAAGAGGUUGCGGUUAAAGGAUGGCCAACUCGAAAGCAAGAGACAUAACAAUGGCAAGAUGAACCGCAUGUAUCUGGCCCCGGAAUGCUCGCCGAUGCAUGUUGUACAAAGACACGCGCCCAACCAAAUCACAGCAACCUCGGACGUCUGGGCGCUGGGCGCGGUGUUCAGUGAGACCCUUAUCUGGUGCUUUGGCGGCGAGCCAGAGCGUGAAAGAUACCGGCUGAACCGAACCUACGAAAUCCAAAAGUUUGCUAAAUAUUUUUGCGACACCGGGUUCGACUCCUGCUUCCACAACGGAAUACAGUGUCUGGAAGCAGUGCACGCCGCACACAAAGCUGUCCUUCGCGACGCACCGGGAAUGGACCUCCCCAUGCGGGUGAGCAACACCAUCUUGGAGACCAUGCUACAGAGAGAUCAGCACCACCCGGCUGUGGGCCGGCUGGAUUCCAUGGAGAUUUUCACGAAAUUUACAAAUAUCGACGAGGGCACGCCCCGAAGCUCGUUUGCGGCGCAUAGUCCCAACCCAUCGAUACAAUUACUUGACCGGAUGUCGGAGGGGAGCUCACGGAAGAUUAUUGGCUUGAGCUGCCGGACACCAGAGAAAGCGUCAACUCUAUCCCAGACCAAGGGACCCAUGCCAACAUGA